GCCGCCCCGCCGAGGCGCGGGGCGCUGCGGGCCCGCUGACCGCGUCCCCCGAGGGCUUCCCCGCGGCCAUGGCGCCCGCCUGGCCCUUGCUGCUGCUGUGGCUGGGGGUUCUGCGCGCCCUCCCGGCCCCGCCGCGCAUCCGGCUGCCGCUGCGGGGCGGCGCGGCCCCGCCGUCGGGACUCCGGCAGCGCCGGGCGCCGCUGGACACCGAGCCCGACAGCACCGGCAGCUUCGUGGAGAUGAUCGACAACCUGCGGGGAAAGUCCGGGCAGGGGUACUACGUGGAGAUGACGGUGGGCAGCCCCCCGCAGAAGCUGAAUAUCCUGGUGGACACAGGGAGCAGUAACUUCGCUGUGGGAGCUGCACCACACCCCUUCCUCCGGAGAUACUACCAGCGGCAGCUGUCCAGCACCUACCGUGACCUGCGGAAGGGGGUGUAUGUGCCCUACACCCAGGGCAAGUGGGAAGGGGAGCUGGGCACUGACCUUGUCACCAUCCCCCACGGCCCCAACGUCACUGUCAGAGCCAACAUCGCUGCCAUCACGGAGUCAGACAAAUUCUUCAUCAACGGCUCCAACUGGGAAGGGAUCCUGGGACUGGCAUAUGCUGAGAUUGCCCGGCCUGACGACAGCCUGGAGCCCUUCUUUGACUCCCUGGUGAAGCAGACACGGGUGCCCAACAUCUUCUCCCUGCAGCUGUGCGGGACAGGCUUCUCUCCCAACGAGACAGAGGCCGUGGCCUCGGUGGGAGGCAGCAUGGUGAGCACUCCACAGGUGGCUGGGGGUUCCCUNUGGUACACCCCCAUCCGCAAGGAGUGGUACUACGAGGUCAUCAUCGUCAAGCUGGAGGUCAACGGGCAGGACCUGAACAUGGACUGCAAAGAGUACAACUACGACAAGAGCAUUGUGGACAGCGGGACCACCAACCUCAGGCUGCCGAAGAAGGUGUUUGAGGCUGCGGUGAAAUCCAUCAAAACAGCAUCUUCGACGGAGAAGUUUCCAGACGGCUUCUGGCUGGGGGAGCAGCUGGUUUGCUGGCAGGUCGGCACCACCCCCUGGCACAUCUUCCCCGUCCUGUCCCUCUACCUGAUGGGAGAGGCCACCAACCAAUCCUUCCGGAUCACCAUCCUGCCCCAGCAAUACCUGCGCCCGGUGGAGGACGUGGCCACCUCUCAGGAUGACUGCUACAAGUUCGCCAUCUCCCAGUCCUCCACCGGCACCGUCAUGGGCGCCGUCAUCAUGGAGGGCUUCUACGUGGUGUUCGACCGCGCCCGCAAGCGCAUCGGCUUCGCCGUCAGCGCCUGCCACGUGCACGACGAGUUCCGGACGGCCGCGGUGGACGGGCCCUACCUGCACUCCAACAUGGAGGACUGCGGCUACAACAUCCCGCAGACGGACGAGUCCACCCUGAUGACCAUCGCCUACGUCAUGGCGGCCAUCUGCGCCCUCUUCAUGCUGCCCCUCUGCCUCAUGGUGUUCCAGUGGCGCUGCUUCCGCUGCCUGCGGCGCGACCACGACGACUUCGCCGACGACAUCUCCUUGCUGAAGUGAUGGCAGAGGCUGGCGCAGCCCCGGCCCCGCAGCCACACGUUUCUUUGGGAAAGAAAAGCAGCGAGGGAGCCAGGAAAGGCAGGCAGCGUAGGAGACCAGCCAGCCCUCGCAUGGGGCACUGCCACAACAGCCCCCACACUGCCCCUGCUCAAUCACACCUCGGCCCCAGCCUCGCUCCAAACCCGCACCCAGCCACUCCCUGCAAGAGGGCAACGUUCUUCCCCCACCCUCGUGCCUGCCCAGGACCCCCAGGACCCCAGAGACUCUGUUGUGGACCACUGCCUUAAAACACGCCGCGAGCGUGUGCGUGCGCGCCGGAGGAGCCGGCCUGCGGCGGGUUCAGCACCAGGGCUGCUCCCCUGCCCUCCCGGGGCAGAGGGGCUGCCAGCAGUGCCCAAUUCCUGCCACGGAUCUCCAGGAAUACGGGGGGGGGGGGGGGGGGGGGGGGGGUAAUUUUUAGAGAGUCGUUGCAAGAUUUUCAGUGGUGCUGAGCACCUCGCAAUCCCACCGACAUCCAUGGAGAAAGGGUUGGCGUGUCAGCCCGUGCUUUCGGAGGAAGUACAGGAGAGGGGAACGCAGGAAUUUGGACAGGUUGGUUUAUCCUGAGCUGCAGCGCAGCCACGUCCGUCCGCUCCCUCCCCAGGGCCCAGUGACAGCAGCAGGGGAUGGGAUGGGAUUGGGAUGGGACCAUGGGCUGUCGCUGGAGGCUCCAGUACUCUGUAACCCAGUGUCUAUGUAAGAACAAUGAAUGUUAACACGGUAAAUUAUUAUGACAUUAAAAAAAAAAAAAAAAAAA